GCAAUCACUUGCCUGGUAGUCGGGCAAAGUGCCACCGCAACUUGGACCGAUGCCGCCGGACGGACUUGUCGUUUCACCGGCAUAGUAGGAAGCAAUUACGGUUCCAACAGCGCUGGCGGAAGCUACUCAUGCAACGGUCGCUGCGGAGCUGGCUGUACGGGAAUAGCCAUCGGCAAUGCAUACACCCAAGACUGCUUCAGCCAUGACAUCUGCAGCUACUUUGAGAAUGCAAGCGGGGGCGCAAGCGAUCCGAACUGCGGCGCUGCGUACAAGGCCGCGAUCGAUGAUACAAUUUCUGGCACGAGCAGUGGCUGCGGAAGGACGAACCCGUCAAACGUAGUGGCGGCACCGGCCGGUCGACCAGUAUGU